AUGAAUAGAAAAAAGGAAAGCUCUUCGAAUGCCGAAAAAAUGAAGAAGUGGAGAGAACAAAAGUUAGAGAAGAAAAGAGAAGCAGACAGAAAGUACUACGAGCGAAAUCGUGAGCGCAAAAUUGCCGACGUGAAAGAGUACAAACGCAAAACGAAGCAGACAAAUGUUGGCGUGACACGGCGGUCUCAGCUCGAGAAACAAAAGCAAUUUGCAGCUAAAAAGAAAAAACAAGAGGAGAAAGAUGCAAACGAGGAAAGAAGAGAAAAAAUUCGGCAGCAAACCAGAGAAAGAGUAAGACGAUUACGGGAGAAACGAAGGCAAGAAAUACGCCAAAGUUCAGAUGAGGAUACUGCCAGUCCUUCCACACCCACUUUCCCGAACAGGAUGGCAAAGAAAAGGGCACUGAAGAAAACGGUUGAAGCUAUGCCAAAAACUCCGGAAAAAAAGGCGGAACUUUUUGAAGCGAUUUCAUCUAGUCCAAGGACAAGAAAAGUUCUUCAAAAGAAAGGCGUAAUAAAAUCCCCCGAAGAAAUAAAAGAAACUGUGGCACUACGAGCCCUUGCGGCGGACAUUUCGGAAGGAGCCGAACAUGUUAAAAGGAGCCGCUCAAAGAACACACGAGCUGCGUAUUCAGCAUUUAAACAUCUCGCCUUUGGUCAAAAUGUUGCCAAAGCCAGUGCGAAAAAGACCCUUUCCACAAUGGUAAAUCUGGGACGGAAGAGCGUGGGAAAGGCAGUCAAAGAGCGCCAAAAAAUAUUAUCGGGGGAGAAAAAGAGUUGGCUUUAUCUAGAGCGGAGAACAAGAGGCGAUGCAAUUAGCCAAGAAGAUAAGCGACUUGUUUUCAACUACUGGACGUAUGAAGCCAGCAGACCGACAGGGGAUAAAAAAGAUAUUCUAAGGAAAAGAACAGGGAAAAAAAAAUACAUUGAGCAUGCCAAGCACGUCCUGGAAAAGACUCAAACGGAAGCGUUUUUGGAAUUCCAGGCUAUUCACCCUGAUGUUAAAAUCAAGCAGCGGAAGUUUGAAUCGUUGAAGCCCUUUUUCAUUCGUGCUGCAAAAGAACGAGACCGAAGAUCGUGUCUUUGUAGAAAGCAUGUUGAAGCCCAAAUUUUUUUUAAGGACUGCAUGAAAUUCCGGAAAAAUGUAUCCAGAAAAAAUGAAAGAAAUGAUGUGCCAAUUCCCUCUUCUUUAACUGAGGUAGUUGAACUUACUCUGUGUGAAAAGCCAAAUGAAGGAACUUACCACAAAUUGAAAUGCCUAAACAGGGAAUGUGAGCACUGUGGUGUCGACAAUUUUGAACUGCUGCCUGAAGAGCUUUCUGAAGACACUGAGGAACAAGUGAUCUGGAAGCACUAUGCGUAUGUGGGAACUGGAAAGUUCUUGGCAAAUGGGCAAGAGAAGAAAAAAAUUGCUCUGAUCACAAAACAAACAGCACCUAACGAAUUGUUUAAAUAUUUUAAAGGUCUCCUCCAAGAAUACCCUUAUCAUUCGUUUAUGGCAAAGUGGCAAAGAGACCAAAUGGACAACUUAAUUGAACACCUUCCACUUAACGAGGUAGUGUGUGUUCAUGAUUAUUCGGAAGGAUACAGCUGCAGGCAACAGGACGAGCUUCAAUCUGAGUACUUUGAUGUGGCCAAAGUCUCCCUCCACAUCACCAUCCUAUAUCGUCACGCAGUGGAAUUCGUAGAUGGAAAGACGAGCACAGAAGACGACCCACAGAUAAUAAAGGAGCACCUGUUUGUGAUCUCAGAUGAUGAAGUGCAAGACUAUCACUCAGUGCACAAGGCACAGGAACUGGUGAAAAGUUACCUGGAAGAACAACUGCAGAUGAAGAUCAACAGACUGCACGAGUUCACAGACGGGUGUGCUGCCCAGUACAAGUCGCGACAUUGUAUUGGGGAUCUUUCAUGCUGUCUUUUCGACUACGGAUACCAGAUUCAGAGAAGUUACUUUGAAACCUCGCAUGCAAAGGGUGAGCAGGAUGCUGCUGGAGCCAAUGUGAAGCAGAAGGUUAGUCAGGCUGUGCUGAGGAAAACAGCAGUGAUCCGGAAUGCCAAGGACAUGACCGACUUCCUUGCUGUGAACUUUGCCACUCCAUCAGCUUCUUCAUUUGCUUCACGAGCUAAAGCAGUGGGACUGGCUCGUAGGGUUUUCUUUUAUGUUUCUACGGAGGGUGAAGGUGCUGUUGUGAGACGCAGACCAGACAGAACUUUCAAGACACUCAAAGGCAUCCGGAAGCUACACUGCGUCAAGACAACUGCAGAGCAGGGACGAGUGUUUGUCCGAAGCCGUACUUGUUAUUGUAUUGACUGUAUUGGUGGUGACGAGGGGAAAUGCAGUAAUAAGGAGUGGAUGGACGACUGGAAGGAGGUCAUUCUCGAAAGGGAGUCAUCUGUUUCUACAACCAGGCAAGCUGUCCAGGAUACUGAAGCAACCCUUGGUGACACUGCAGUCAGAAUUGCAGACCUCGCUGCUGAAGGUAGUGUAGUAGCCAUUGCAGCAGCAGAUGACCCCGACUUCGAAUACUACCUUUUGAAAGUUACAAGCAAUGGCUUGGUAGAACUGGAAGAGGCAGUCACAGAUGACUACGGCUGCACCUUUCCAAGAGGAUCAGUUGGACUAAGAGGCAACUUUUUUAUCAGAGGCAACAUCAUUGACAUGACAUACAAACUUGAUGUAAAAAAAAGUGCGUUUGUUUUGGCUGGCACUGUGCGGCAUGUGUGUGGAGAACUAAAGAGAAAGAGGAAUAACAUUUACAAAGUCCCUGUAGAUGUCAAUGAAGAAAUAAUUGCUUCUUUGUAA